GAUGGGAUUUUUCUUGAUACUACUCUAAUAGCACGGUGAUUGUGCCAUAAUACGAUCCAGACAGCACGUAUGUCCAAAAUCGAGAUACGUUAUAUAAAAGGAUAUUUCUUCAUUGACUUUAUCAGCUCGAUGCCAUAUGCAUGGUUUUACCCAACACUUAUUUUACCGCCUGGUCCAAAUUCAAAUUCUAUAUUACUUAUAAUUGAAUUAUUACCUAUUUUAAAAUUGAUUCGCAUAUCUACAGUACGACGAAACGUUCAACAGAUCAAUGCAAAUUUUGGGAUCUCUCAAGCUCAACAUAUAACAAUAUGGUUUAUUAUUUUAACAUUAUUAAUUUUUCAUUGGAGUAGCUGUAUAAGUUACGUUUUUCCAUAUAUCGUCAUGCAUAUACAAGGAAAAACUUUGGAAAAUUCAGAUGCAAAUUAUAUUUCGACAAAACUUCAUAAUAUGUCCGAUUGGGAAGUUUAUUUAGUGUUUAUGCAUAUUGGCAUGAGUAAUUUUAUAGGUUCGAAUUUUAUAGAAUUCAAAAACUUUGGUAUUUUGGACACAAUAAUAAGAUGCAUAGUUCUUCUCUUGGGAAAAGGCUACAUAAUUUAUUUGAUUGUUACGAUCCUGCAACUCUCAGAAUCGUCUGUCAAAUCAAAACUCAAAUAUCAACGAAUCAUACACGAAGUAAAAGAAUACAUUCAUCAGAAGAAGCUUCCGCUAUAUUUACAAAACAAGCUGAUUUUCUAUUACAAGUAUCGCUAUUAUGAUGGUUUCUUCAAAGAGAAUAUUAUAUCUGAUAUUCUUUCGGCUUAUUUAAAUCAAGAAAUUCUAUUCCAUAAUAGUCAAAGACUGCUAGAUAUUACGGUUCUUCGCAAUUUGCCCCGUAACGUUCUUAGUGAUUUAAUAAAUUCAUUGAAGCCAGUGAUAUAUCUCAAGGGAGAUGUAAUUUACAAAGCCAGUAUUGAAGGCGAAGAUAUGUAUUUUAUAGCUAGUGGAACCGUUGCACUGAUCACAUUUUCCGGAAAAGAAAUAUAUCAUCUUCACGAUGGUGAUCACUUUGGCGAAGCUGGCUUGAUUUAUCCGAAUCAACGCAGAGAAGAAUCAGUUAUCGCUUUAGAAGUGUGCGAGCUGCUUCGCUUUCAUCGUCGUGAUUUCAAACGCUUUUUUGCCGUAAAUUCGGAGUUUUAUAACAACUUAGAAUAUAUCGUGCAUGAACGUUCGAAAAGAAUCAAGGAGCUGGAAGAACAGAACAUAAGUGAAACGACAAAGCAGUAAUUUUAUUCUCUUUACACAGUUGAAAUUCUAAUUGUAAGCUAACAAUUUUUAUUCAUCAAUCGU